GUUUUCCUGAGACAGGGUCUCACUGUGUAGCCCUGGCUGUCCUGCAACUCACUCUGUAGACCUGGCUGGCCUCAAACUCAGAGAUCCCCCUGCCUCUGUCUCCGCAGUACUGGAACCGCAAGUAUGACUUGCAUUGAAUUUUGACUGGAUCAGCACGCUCCCACUCACAGGCUACUUUCCCUGUCCCUCAGUUUUGCUUUCUGGAUUAUUGGGCAGACCAGCUAACUGGCCCUGGGGUCCAGAGUUUGGGGUCUGGGGAAGGGGAACUAGAAAAUGUAGGAGUCGGAGUUACAAUCUGAGGAGUGUUGCCCACACUUGGAUUCUACCCGUGGGCUCCAGGAUUCACAUUCUGGGUCUGGGUCCUGGAAGCUCCAGGCAGAGUGUGUUCAGGGCUCCAGACUCCUGGUUCCCUCCUAUACCUGCCUCUCCAUGCAGCCCCUCAACUCAGUUCUCCCAGCUCCCAGAAACCCCCCACCCCCACCCCAGUGUCUCUUAGGCCUUAGUCCCUCUCCCCUUCUAGCUCCUGCCCUCUCUCUCCCAUCAGCUCCUCAGGUAAGCAGCACACCAGCUUUUUCCCCCUCCUUCCUCAGGUCUAGCCUGGUCUCACCUUCUCGUUGUACCUCACCCCACUUCUUUCCCUCAUCAUCCUUUCUGGGUUCCCAGUCGUUUGGGUUCUUAACGUUUUACAGCCUGAGCCUGAGCGGGGAUUGGCUGGGCUCAGGGGCUCAGGCCUGGACUCUAUAAACAGAGGUCCUGAGCCCUCAUCGUCCUCAGUUCCUCCUGUUCCUCUGCCUCUCCUACCCUUCCCGCAUCCACCAUCUUCAUAGGCCUACCUCUCCCUCUUCUCUUCCCUUUUCCAUCCCUAGUCCUCCGUCAUACCAGGACCCUUCCUCUCAAGUCCAGCUCUCUGCUGUGCGGUCCCCUCCUCCUCCCUGCCUUCUCUCCUUCAGUCCUCCCACCGGUUACUUCCUGCUCUCCCCUCCCUCCUCUGUCCGCCCCUCUCCACCUGUCCACUACUCCUAGGCCCUUCCCCUUCCUCCCUUUUCUCUUGACUUUCCUCUGGCUUCUUUCCCGGGUUCCACCCCUCUUCCUGAUCCUUCCUCUCACCUGUGCUCGGCUCCCUCCUCCCACUCCUCCCCCAUCUCCCAUUUCUUCUCCCCAGGCUCCACUACUCUGGAAGCCCUGCCCCUCAUCAUGCUAGCUCUAGCCCUCCUCCCUCUGCUCCCCACUCCCUCUUUCCCUCCCCUCCCCCUCCUGUCGUUCCGUGCUUCUCUCCUCUGUCUGCCCUUUACCUCUCCUUGCUUCCCCUGGCUCUCUUCAUCCUCCCCCUCCUGCCCUUGCUCCAAUUCAGGGAGGGCCUAGGCCUCCAUGGCCCCGACUACCUCCUCUAGCUCCUGUCUCUGUGCCUCGCCGUCACCACAUCCUUCUCUUUCCUCCCAUCCAAUCCCUCCCGUUGCCCUCCUCUCGGUCCCAGUAUCCAUUUCUCCCUCCCAUUUCCCUCCUUCCCUUUUCUCUCUCCCCCCCUCUUUCUUGUCUCACCAAUCCUGUGCCUAGCCCUGCCACGCCCAUCCUCCCUUCCUUCCUCUUCAUGUUCACAAUCGCUUCUCCCUCAUCCUCUCCUCCUCUCCCCUCCCUCCCCAUCUCUGCUUCCUAUCUAUCAUCUUCCCCUGGUUCCUCUGCACGCCCCUCCGCCCCCUAGCCUUGCCCUUUCUCCCUCCCUUCUGUCCGCCCAGCGCCUCCUCCCUCUUUGUCUCCUCCCCUCGCUCCGCUCAGGUCCUGUCUCUCUUUAGCCCCGCCCCUCCCAUCCUCCUCUUGGAUGCCCCGCCCCCGAUGACCACGCCUUCCGUGGCCCCGCCCCGCGCAGCAGCGACAAGAUGGCGGCCGGCGGCAGCGGGCGCGCGUCUUGCCCGCCGGGGGUCGGGCCGGGCGCGGGCGGCCUGGGGCCAAGCGCCAACGCGGCCGCGGCCCCCAGCAACGCCGCCGCCUGUGCCUCGGGGCCUCCGCCGCCCCCGUCCCCGCCGCCUGGGCCCGGGACUGACGCGCAGGCCGUGGGCGAGGAGCGCGACGACGCGGGCCCGGGCGCGCUGCUGCGCGAGCCCGUGUACAACUGGCAGGCCACCAAGCCCACGGUGCAGGAGCGCUUCGCCUUCCUCUUCAACAACGAGGUGCUGUGCGACGUGCACUUCCUGGUGGGCAAGGGGCUCAGCUCGCAGCGCGUCCCCGCGCACAGGUUUGUGCUUGCUGUAGGCAGUGCUGUGUUUGACGCCAUGUUCAAUGGCGGGAUGGCUACUACUUCCACUGAGAUCGAGCUGCCCGACGUGGAGCCUGCUGCCUUCCUGGCGCUGCUCAAGUUCCUGUACUCAGACGAAGUGCAGAUCGGGCCCGAGACAGUGAUGACCACACUGUACACUGCCAAGAAGUAUGCGGUGCCCGCGCUCGAGGCUCACUGUGUGGAGUUCCUGAAGAAGCACCUGCGGGCUGACAAUGCCUUCAUGUUGCUCACACAGGCACGGCUCUUUGAUGAGCCACAGCUGGCCAGCCUGUGCCUGGAGAGCAUAGACAAGAACACGGCUGACGCCAUUGCUGCCGAGGGCUUCACCGACAUUGACCUGGACACACUGGUGGCAGUGCUGGAACGAGAUACCCUGGGCAUUCGUGAGGUUCGGCUCUUCAAUGCGGUCGUGCGCUGGUCCGAGGCUGAGUGUCAACGGCAGCAACUCCAGGUGACACCAGAGAACAAGAGGAAGGUGCUGGGCAAGGCCCUGGGUCUCAUCAGAUUCCCCCUGAUGACCAUUGAGGAGUUUGCUGCAGCCAGCCCUUUGCCCGCAGGCCCGGCACAGUCUGGCAUCCUGGUGGACCGGGAGGUGGUCAGCCUCUUCCUACAUUUUACUGUCAACCCCAAGCCUCGUGUUGAGUUCAUCGACCGGCCCCGGUGCUGCCUGCGGGGCAAGGAGUGUAGCAUUAACCGGUUCCAGCAAGUGGAGAGCCGCUGGGGCUACAGCGGCACCAGUGACCGCAUCAGGUUCUCGGUCAACAAGCGCAUCUUCGUGGUGGGCUUUGGGCUCUAUGGAUCCAUCCACGGGCCGACUGACUACCAGGUGAACAUCCAGAUCAUCCACACAGACAGCAACACAGUCCUUGGCCAGAACGACACGGGUUUCAGCUGCGACGGGUCUGCCAGCACCUUCCGUGUUAUGUUCAAGGAGCCCGUGGAGGUCCUGCCCAAUGUGAACUACACCGCCUGUGCCACGCUGAAGGGCCCGGACUCUCACUAUGGCACCAAAGGUCUUCGCAAGGUGACCCACGAGUCCCCCACCACGGGGGCUAAGACCUGCUUCACCUUCUGUUACGCGGCUGGGAACAAUAACGGCACGUCUGUGGAGGAUGGGCAGAUCCCCGAAAUCAUCUUCUACACCUAGGUCAUCAACCCAGGUCACCCCGGCCAGCCACAGGCCUGCCACCCUCCCACCACUUCCCACACCAUCACGGAAGGGGCUGCCUGUGGCCACAGUGACAAGUGGGACCGCCUGACCCAAAGCACUGGGGAGGCGCUUAGGCCAUGGGCUGGGCCCGGUCGGUCGAGACAAUCCCUCAGUCAUGGGGGGCAGAGUGGGCCUGACUUGGAUGGACAGCUGUCAGGCCCGAGCGAGCGUUGUGGGUCGCAGUCCCUGAAGCUCAGGGGCAGCAGGCCAGCUCCGAGCCCCGGUGCUGCCCCUCCCGCUCGGCUCGCUCUCCUCCGUUCUCUGCAACUGCACACUGCACACUGCAAUGCAUUCGAGCCCAUGCUCAGCUGGAGCCUGCGCAUGUGCGCGGGCCUCUCCUCCAGCCAGCAGUCUGGGUUCAUGUUCCUUUCCGUCUCCGCUGCUCCCUGGGAGGGUCCCAGGUCCUGCUGCCCCCCUGAAACCCUGGCCUCCCGGGCAUGUACACAGAGUCUCUAGGAGGUCUGCCCCAGGGUGGUAACAUGUGCGCCAUGGUUCCUACUUCUCAUAGCAGCGCCAGUGCCAGGCCAGCACUGCCCACCUAAGGUGGACGGGCGCCUUACUAUUGUGCCCGCAGAGCUCAGCCUUGCCCUGCAGGGUCUGAGCAGGUCAGGCCCAUCAAGAUGCACUGGGCACCCAGGUGGCCUGAUGUGGCACCCAGGGGUACACAGAACACCCCUGUACAUAUCACGGCCCUGGCCCUCUAGGCUACUACAUACCCUGUCCAGUGCUGUCCCAGAAGGCGCAGUCUCCAGUUUGGGGUUCCACUUCCUCAUGUAUCCAUACCAGUGACCUCCUGCCCAGGACCCAUGCCCAUCCCAAAGCCAUGGGAGCUGUGCCCUCCACUGUGUCCCCAAAUGAUUUUUUUUUUAAAAUAAAGGAAAACAUCUGUCUUGAA